AUGGCCACGACUAUAUCCCGCUGUAUUGGUAGAAUUUUAUCCCGCCAGACUGCUCCGACGGGGAUUGUUUCGGCAGACAAUGGUGGCGUUCUCAGUUCUUGCAUUACUGCAGUGAAGACAUUAAAGACGUCUGCUCCCCUUAGUGCGGAGCCCAAGAAGAAAAAGAAAGUGGACCCAAGAAGAGAGCAGAUGGUGAGGGAGAGGAUGAAGAAGAAACUGAAGAAGUUGGAGAGAGUUCCGCCCGAGUUCAUCCCUAUAGAGGACUUCAUCACGCCAACCAAAUGUUUGGAUGAGACGAGGGUCCGAGCCGCUCCCAGGCUGUCAUUUGAUGAAAGCGAAAGCCGAGCUCUGCUUCUGAAGGAGUGGUGUCGAUACAAAAAUGAGCAGCACUUGGCCGAGAUGCAGGCUAUCGAGCUUGCCCUGGAAGCCCAGAAGGAGGCACUGGAAGAGCUCAAGGCAGAAUCUGAGGAGCUUUACCAGGCAGCACUGAAACCGGACCCUCUCCUGUUCCCCUUCUCCCAUGAAGGCCCCUCUUACACGCCGCCAAAGAUCAAAUACGAAGCACCCGACGGGAAGUACAACGAUGUCACUAAAGUCUACACGCAGUGA